UACAGCUUUCAGUCUCACGAUGGUUGGUCACGACCUCGUGUAUCUACAUAUAUCUUUGAAUCUGACAGCCUUCCUAUCCUUUUUGUAUUUCUUUUACCUCCCCCCGCGUUAUCUAACGCUACAGCGUCCUCAGAGCCCUGGUUUGCUCUGCCUUCACGGUUCAAAGUGUGCGAGUGUAUGGCCCAAUUCAAAGUCGUCGUUCUAGGGGCUGGGGGUGUAGGGAAAUCUGCUCUCACAGUUCGAUUCAUUCAGGAUAUAUUCGUGGAGAAUUAUGACCCUACGAUUGAAGAGGAAUACCGCCGUUCCAUCUCAGUAGAUGGGACUCUCACAUCUCUUGAAGUCUUAGAUACAGCAGGCCUUGAACAAUUCACCAGCCUGAACGAAGUUUACAUCAAGGCCGGCAAAGGCUUCAUUCUAGUCUUCAGUCUGACCCAGGAGGCGAGUCUGAAAGAAGUCGAUCACCUUCGCAAGCAAAUAAUUCGUAUCAAAGGCGAAGCUGGAGCAAUACCUAUUGUGGUUGUCGGGACAAAGUUGGACCUCGUGAAUGAACGUGAAGUGCAUCGCAAUACUAUUCAAGCUCUUGCUAGUCGUUGGAAGUUGCCUUUCUACGAAACGUCUUCGAAGAGAAAUUGGCACAUAUCGGAUGUCUUCGAAGAUCUUGUUCGACAGAUGCGUGCACGAUACCCUCCCGAGCAGCCGUCAAUCAAGAAAUCAAAACGACCAUUGUGCUUAAUCAUGUAAUUCUCUGCACAUAUUUUACGACACACCAUGACCACUUAUGCUUGCCACGACUUACUCUAUCUUCCAUUCAUCUAAACGCGGACUUCGUCACCAGUGACAUAUUCUGGGCACACUAUUCUUCUGACCCUCCUACACAUUCUAUAUACCUUGGAGCUGUCUUUUAAUAUCACAUCGUUUUCUAUGCAGUGCUCUCUCUUGACAUUCUUGUAACCAUUUACAGACUAGACAAAUGGAUACAUAUGUAGACAAUCUUGGUCUUCAUAUAUACGUGAGUCUUGGGUAGUAUUCGUCGGUUCUUCGCAGUAUUCAACAGGUGCAGACA